AUGAGCACCUCGCGCCCCUGGACACCUCCUCUCCUCCUCAGAAUCCGAUUCACAACCUCCCUCCCAGACCUCGACCUCGACAUCCCGUCCCCGUCACAGACCACUGUAGCGGCCCUGAAGCAUCUCAUCCGCAGCCGCCUUUCUCAGCCCGACUCCCAGCGCCGUCUGCGCUUCAUCCAUCAAGGCAAGAUCCUUCCCGAUGGGUCAGCUCUCAGCUCCGUUCUCCGUCCCCUCCCACCGCCGCCAUCGUCAACCUCUACACCUACGACGCCGUCCUUUCCGGUAGGAUUGGAAGAUCCGAAAGGCAAGGGAAAAGCGAAAGCCCACGAUGCCGCGCCGCCACGCGUCUAUGUCAAUUGCAGCAUUGGCGACAGUCUAACCGAUGCUGAACUCGCCGCUGAAGCCGAGGCUGCCCUCCGUGCGCCUUCCGAUCGGGCCACGUCCGCUACUACAUCACCACCAGACGGCGCGGGCCAACGCCAACAUGGCGAGAGCCAAUCCCAACCGCAACGUCAGACCCCGCGUGGUUUUGAUAGGCUCCUUAAUGCGGGUUUCACGGCUGCAGAGGUAAACCAGCUCCGUCUUCAGUUCCGUGAGAUCCGAGCGGCGCAGUACACCCCCGACACCAUGCCCAGCCCGGAUACGAUGCGCUCGCUUGAGGACUCGUGGAUCGAUAGUAAUGCUGGCGGAGCUAUGCCCGGUGCGGCGGGUGCCGGUGGUGACGGCGGAGAAGGCGGCGGGGACGAUGCUUUUGGCGUUAUGGGCGGCAUUCUGGACGUGCUGAUUGAGGGCAUGGUUGUCGGGUUCUUCUGGCCUCUUGGGUGCCUUGGUUGGCUUUCGAGGGAGGAGAGUAUGCUUUCAGGGCGGUGGCAGGAUUUCAUCGGAUUUGGUGUGACGUUGAGCAUCAUCAUUGGCGUCAUCAGGGCGUUCUCAGGUGAUCGAUAG